AACUUAGCAGAAAUCGAGAAGCAUCAAAUUGCCAGAUUAGUUGAUGGACUGAUAAAAGACAUCAAGAAAAAGGUACUACAGCCAAUUUAUUACCUCAUAGAAGUUGUGGCAUUGGCAAGGAAGGUUGAAGACAAUAGUUCCAGCAAGAAAAUGGGAGUUAAUACUAGAAGACUACCAUGGGGCUGAAACAACAAAGGUACAUGAGAAAUGUGGCUGACACACAAAGAAAUGGCAAACCGGUGGCCCCUCCACUAGUAACACUGAUAAAGAAAAAGAAGAGGCCUUCCAACGACCAGCAGCAAGCAAAGAAUAUUGAUGGCACGGGCACAAAGAAAUCCAACAUCUAUAAAUGGCCAACUAUGGAUAAGUGCUUUGGUGUAGACAACAAGGACGUCCAUCCAAUGAAUGCCCUCAAAGGAAACCAUAGCCAUUUCAAGAAAACGAUCAAGAUUAUGAAGAGGAGGCCAAAGAAGAAGUUUCUUACAUGGAAGCCGAUGAUGGAGAGCAUUUAUCCAGCGUUGUCCAAAGAAUAUUACUCACCCCCACAAAUGAUUCUCAUCCACAAUGACAUGCUCUCUUUAGAAUGCGUUGCACUAUUAAUGGAAGCAGAGGCAAUGGCUGACCGAAUUGCAAAAUUGCACAAGGAGGUACAUGACCAUUUGGAGUCUGCUUCCACUUCCUAUGCUCGAAGAUGUUUGAGAUUGGGAUCUUGUCAUGGUACGUUUUCCAAAGUCUAGGCUACCCUCGAGUGUUCAUGGCAAGCUCCAUCAAAAGAAAAUUGGACUCUUUCCCAUUCUUCAACGCUAUGGUACUAAUUAAUGCCUACAAGAUUGAUAUUCCUUCGCAAUUUAAGAUACAUUCCACCUUCAAGGUAUCCCUCACAGCCUACCAUGCACCUAAUGGUUUUCAGCUAGCUUCUUAACUCACGGACAAGUUGUUCCAAGGGGGAAGGAAUUGAUGUAGUACAGGAACUACUGUAUAGCUACUGAUUUUUAUUCCCCUGUUCCCAUGUUUUACCCUCUGUUUUAGUAGUUUCUGGUUGGUUACCGUGGUUAGUCUUUAUUUUUACAGCAAAAGUUUAAGUGUUUACAUUCAGGUAAAACAGGUUUACCUUGGAUUAAAAGGCUAGUUUUGUAGCGUUUAUAUAGGGGUUCCAAGGUUGAAAUUGAGGUAUUAUUCAAAUAAAAAUUGAUUCAAGUUUCUCCGAGAAUUGUGCUAUGUUACAGAACUUAAUACAAGGAAACAGAAAAUUGAAAA